GGGGAUGGGAGCUCAGAGCCUCUACCUAUACCCUCCAUCCCUGCUUUUUCUUGCCCAAUUAUCUUGUUUAGUGUUUUGUGGGGUCAGGGGAGGGAGAAGGAUGUUGGGGCUGAUCUAGUAGCUCUUCACCAGAGCCCAGUGAGAAGGGUACAUCCUAAUAUCUGGCCCCCAGCAAAACUAACCCAGGCCUCAUGAGCUUAGAUAAUGCUCUGCCCCCCUCUGCAUUGGCCCCUUUAUCAAUUGGCUAGGUUUCCUUAGGGCCUCAAACCAGGGACACUCAAUUUCUUCAUGCAAAAAAGGCUUCUUUGCUUGGCCUCUGUCAGGAAAGCUCUGCUUGAUUCUGACAACGGCCGUUGCAUCACGGUGGGGAGGGGUUUAAACUCUCUUUUUCUUAGAAUGCUGAUGCCAUAUCCUGUCUCUGCCCCCUGUUCUGAGGGGAACCAAUCCCUAAGACUGCUCCCAUCCCGCAGCUACUGAUGCUCCUAAAGGGGCCCUACCCAGGCCUGCCACCCUUGCUGCCAUGGCAACCAAGUUGCCACUUCCUGCUCUGCUCUGGGCAUGGUGGGGGUUGGAGAAACCCACUCCCCAUUCUCUGUUCGAGGGGUGGAAGGUGUAGACACUUAUGACCACAGUACCCUGGAGACCCUUUCCAAGGUCACUCCACCCAUGCGCCUCUCCUGGAGGGACCUGAGAGUUAUCUUUCUGGGCAGAAGGGUGUCUCCCCUGUGUGGAGAAAUCUGACAAUAAUUGAGUUGGGUCAUUGGGUUUAGCUUGCCAGGAGCAAAGUAGCACUCAGAGAGGAUAUUACCUUACUCAAAACUUUCACUGUGGCGGAGGCCGGGUUGGAAACUUCGGUAGAUGUCCUGCGUGUCACAGCUCCAUUAAGAAGGCUGGAGCAACCUCUAUUUGGGAAAAGGAAGCACGUGCUGAGCACCUGCUCUGAUCUAGGCACUGUCCUGGUGCAUAGUUCUCACAGCCAGACCGUGAGGGAGGUAAUAUUAUUCCCAACUGACAGAUAAACUGAGGCUCAGAGAUCUUAAGUGAUCUGCUCAUGUAGCUAGUAAGUAAUAGAAUCACUGUUUCAACCCAUGUUUAUUCCGACUUCAAACUGUAUGCUCUUUCCACUCUACCCUACUGGGGAGAAACUUCAUUUUUUUUUUGUUUGCAGGAUGCUUUGGGGAUGGACUAUUAGGGGAGCAAGCGCUGAGCUUGUGGGAGACAGAGGGGUGGAGCGAGCCCACCACAGCUUACCUUCUCUCUCCUUGUCCCCAGAGGCACCCUCCCCAGUUCUGCUUUCUUCCCACUAGAGCGUGGUUUAUGAGGUGCACAGAAUAUAUCUCAGUCACCAUUGUCGCACUGAGCGCAGCACAUGGUAGAUGAACGGUCCCCUGGCUGAGAAUACAUACACCAAAGUGCAGCACUGGGAGGGAGAGACGCUGUCUGUGCAGUGCCCCUACAAGAAUCGCAAAAAUCACUUGGAGGGCAAGGUUUGGUGCAGGGUCAGGAGGAAGAAGUGUGAGGCGGGGUUCACCCGGGUCUGGGCACAGGAGCCCCACUACCUGCUGCAAGACGAUGCCCAGGCCAAAGUGGUCACCAUCACCAUGGCGGCCCUCAGACCCCAGGACUCCGGCCGAUACUGGUGCAUGCGGAACAGCUCCCGGACCCUCUACCCCUUGAUGGGCAUCCUACUAGAAGUGUUUCCAGCUCCCACAACUGAGAGGAACACUCCUCUGACGCAUCUGUCCAACAUCCUCAAGGGUGGAAUGGUUUUGGCAACGGGCCGGACCCCCACCUCUGGCUCUGAUGCACCGUUCAACACAAGCAUGACCCUGUUCACAGCUGGACUCCUGACCGUGGCCAGCAUCUUGCCUUCCACUGCCCCAGGGACCAUUGGACCAACCCCCAUGGUGGGCCACAGCUUCACUGGAACCACUCCCACCACCACAGGGGGCAGGACGACCAUGGGAUCCCAGACAGUGACUGAGUCUCCCAGCAGUGCCCAGACUUCCUCUGUAGGCCAAGUGCCCAUCUCCACCAAGUCUGUGCCCCCAAGCACCAGAUUGCCCACCACGGGAACAUGCCACACCAGGAAAGCUCUUCUCAACAAAUUACCCCCUAUCAGGCACCAGGACUCUGAUCCCACCGUGCUUGCAGUGGUGCUGGCCCUCCUCCCCGUGCCUGUGCUGUUGGUCAUCUUCUAUGGGCUUUGGAAGAGGAGACACACGGGCAGCUACAGCUUGUACAGUGGUCCUGCUGGACCCUAGAAGGACACGCCCAGACCAGAGCCCCUGUGAAAGCUGACUUGGUCUGAAACCAUCUAACUGUGCAGAAGGGGCACUUCUCCCAGAGGGGUCCCAGGAGUCCAGAGAAGAAGUGAAGAUGGGGACUUGUUUGGACCAGAGCAAGCCUGGGAUAUGAGGAUGCACGUAACGCUGAAAUCGGCCUUCCUAAAAACACAGGCUGCUGUCUGCCCAUGCCAGGGGCCAGCAGCCUGACCCACUCCGUGGUGAACUCUCCUGGGCCCUGAAUGUUUUCCUGGGCUACCAGGAAGCUGGGGAGGGGCCCAGAGCAGAGGCCCAGGCAGGAAGUUCUGGGGAAAGCCUCCGAGAGGAUCCUGCUCAGAGCCACAGACCACAGCCCUAGCUGGAUGGCAGAGAAGCCCUAAGAGGUCGUUUUGCAGGCAAAGCCUGAGCCCUGUCUGCCUGAGGACCCCUUGGUAUCAAGCGAAGGGAAGGGAGGGGCGGGUAGCUAGAGCUGCCCUCUUCCCACCUGGGACCAGUGUGUCCUCAGCUCCCCCAAGCUACCCUGUGAACUUGGGAAAGAAAACUGGGCUCGUGAGCCUCCAAGGCAGCCAAUGUCCCUUGGGCCAUGUCCUGGGGGGAGGAACAGACUAGUCGCUAGGGGUCCAUAGAGGGUCGGCAGCAAGAGAUCCCAGAGCUCUCUAGACCCACUCCCCCACCCCCGACCGUGUGUCCUCUGUGCUCUGACCUGGCUGUCACUUAUCUCCUGGGAACUCACCUGCCCCCUGCCGCCAUCUGCUCACAUCCCCUCCUGGGAGCAGUGGUGUUAUCUAUGGCAAUUAGUUUUAGAUUGCUGAAUGAUCUCUCACAGCUGUGGAUGGAAACUGUGAUGGCCAAUAGAAACUGCUCAUUGGCGCCCCUGGUGGCACCCAGGGCAUGUGCCAUAUCUUAGAUAGGCCUCUGGCUGGGAGAACCCCCUGGGUGCAGGGCCAGCCUCUCCCCAGACUGGGGUGCAGAGUCUGAAUUUGGGGCUCACUCUUAGUUUCCACACCUGGGAUCCAGGAUUGAGCUCCUGGAGGGGACUGAGGCCCCCAGCAGAGCCCACACCCAGGGGCACCUGAGAUCCCAGAUCUGUGUGUGUUGGGGGGGGGUGGGGGUUCAACCCACAGGCUGUGUUGGGGAGACCAUGGCUCAGAGAAGGGGUGCAUGUCCUCCCCUUCUGUGGGCUCACUCUUCCCUGGCAAGGGAGGACCUACUCGUGACACAGCAGAGACAAUUCAGAGAACGCCACAGCCUCUAUGGCUGGCCUGGUUUGGGGCAGGGGAAAUGGAGCCCAACUAACCUCUGGCCUAGGGUCCAAUGGCCAAGGAAUCUGUCCCCUAUGCCACUGACCCAUGGCUCAGACUCUACCUCUACUGCUCAAACCACUGGCCCCAUGUCCAGCAGUGAAGACUGGAGGGUAUGGAUAGGAUUCUUCCACUGGAGAGCGGUAUCCCUCCAGCCCGAGGACUGGAACAAGUACCUGGGACAGAAGUGACAUCACUACUCACGACCCUGGGUCCGGCACCUCCUAGGCAAGAGAGUGAACAUCACGGCCAGGAGAAUGACUCAGCCGGGGGCUCUGUGGGCAGCUGGUGGGGGCCACUACAGGAUGGAAGUAGGGCCAGGGAAAGGGGUCCUGGAGAACAGCAGGGAGGGGGCACUUCUUCCCUAUGUCCCGCAGAGGGCAGUAGAGGGAAGAAGCAGACUGAGGAACUGACGGACCGGCCAGAAGACACGCACACGCAGGAUGACACCCGUCUCCACCGGCAAACAACCUGCUAAGGAGCAUUCUUCUCCUUUAGGAGAGUGUGACCAUCACCCUGGUGUGUAGCUAGGAAGGGGCUUAGCUCAGCUGGGGAGCUGACCUUUAUUGCGAUCCGGUGGUGGCACCAUCAACAGCCUGCGGGUGAGAUGUGCGGUGGCAGAGCCCUGGAGUGGGUUCAGGACUGGGAUCCAGGGAUGCCACCCUGUUACUGCGUGACCCCAAACAAGUCAUUAACUCUGUUUGGGCCUCGUUUUUCCUCUCUGUGAAAGAAAACAAUAAUUCCUACCUCUCAAGGUUGUUGUCAGGAUGAAACAAAAUAACAUGAGAGCUGUGCAAACUAAGUAAAUGCUUCAUAACUGUUCUUCAAAUCCUUUUCCAGUUCUAGUAUUCCCUUUCCCACAUGCUGCAUUUAGUCCCUUCAGAUCUUGGUCUCCUAAUUUGUCCUCUGUCUUCUCACAUUCUCUUCUCACUGCUUGGAUGUUGGGGCCCCACAACUGCAGCCCUGUGGUGAGGCCCUAUUGUAAGGAGGGUCUGGGGUGGGUAGGGAAGUGCCUUUGCAAUCAAGACCUGGGCUCAGAUUCCCAUCUCAGCUCCUCAUCUCUGUCUGACCUGACUAAACCUGAUUCCUUGUCUGAAAAAUAGGUUGGAAGGGAGCUCUGAAGCCCCUCCCACAGUCACUUCCUAGGUGAUUAGGUGAUAGGACGUGCACAUCGCCAUGUGGGGCAGGACAAGCAGACCCCACCCCUGUGGUAUGUGCACACUGCAUUGUGGGGCAGGAUAAGCAGCCCCCAUGCCCAGGGGACAUGCACAUGACAUGUGGGGUAGGACAAGAAGACCCCUGACCCAUGGGACGUGCACACUGCCAUGUGGAGUCAGGCAACAAGCAUGAGGUAGAAAUGGCUGCAAACGGUAUCUUUCACUCUGGACCAAAAGGAGUGUGGUGGGUUCUGUGCUUGGCUGCCCAGGAUGAUGGACUCAGAAAUGAUGGACUUCUUGCCCAGAGGCUGGGGGUAGUGAGAGCAGAAGGAAGGCCUUAGCUUUCAGUGCCCCUUGAGCAUAGCCUCAGCUGCAGACAGCCACCUCGCCAAGGUCAGGGCUCCCUUUCAAGGACAGCCUGCACCCCCUGACUGCAACAUACGGUGGAAAGCCCCCACAUCCCCUUGCCAACUCAGGGGUGUUGUGAAGGGUGAGUAUCUCUAGAACUCCUUGCAAGGUGGCCCAAGCUUCCUUUUGGCCUGUCUUGUAGCCUGACUUCUACCCACUCUUGCUCAUCUCUUCCUUCCCAAGGUACUGGCCUGAGAGCACAUUGAGCCCCCUGCGCCAAUCUCUAUCUCAGAGUCGGCUGCCCUGAACCAACAUGCAAUGCUGAGUUUGUAGAGCAUUUCUUCUUUCCUUUGUUGCUUGCCUAUUAAUUAUCAACAGCCAGUGACUAGUGUUUUUCUGUAGUUCAUCUAACCACAAUACUUUUUUUUUUUUAACCAUUUCAACCAUUUUUAUAUGUUGUUGUUGAUGUUAGGUGCUGUCAAGUUGGUUCUGACUCAUAGCGACCCUAUGCACAAUAGAACGAAACACUGCCCUGUCCUGUGCCCUCCUCACAAUUGUUGCUAUGCUUGAGUUCAUUGUUGCAACCACUGUGUCAAUCCAUCUCGUCGAGGGUCUUCCUCUUUUAAGCUGAACAUCUACUCUACCAAGCAUGAUGUCCUUCUCCAGGGACUGGUCCCUCCUGACAACAUGUCCAAAGUAUGUAAGACGUAGCCUCACCAUCCUGGCUUCUAAGGAGCAUUCUAUUUGUAGUUCUUCCACGACUGAUUUGUUCGUUCUUUUGGCAGUCCAUGGUGCGUUCGAUAUUCUUCGCCAACACCACGAUUCAAAGGCGUCAAUUCUUCUUUGGUCUUCCUUAUUCAUUGUCCAGCUUUCACAUGCAUACGGUGCGAUUGAAAAUACCAUGGCUUGGGUCAGGCGUACCUUAGUCCUCAAGGUGACAUCUUUGCUUUUCAAUGCUUUAAAGAGGUCUUUUGCAGCCGAUUUGCCCAGUGCAAUGCAUCUUUUGAUUUCUUGACUGCGGCUUCCAUUGGCAUUGAUUGCUAAUCCAAGCAAAAUGAAAUCCUUGACAACCUCAAUCUUUUCUCUGUUUAUCGUGAUGUUGUUUAUUGGUCCAGUUGUGAGGAUUCAUUAAUUACAUUCGCCAUGUUGUAAUGAUACUUGUUUUAAAAAUGCGCUUGAUUAAUAUGGUCUUUCAACAAAUGCUUGUCGAUUAAUCAGAGUAGCUGGGAGCUGGGGUUAGAGACAUGAUCUGGGGCUGAGACCCCCUUUCUUCUUCUGCCUUCUCCUCCCCUUGAGACCUGUCUGUCCCCUUCUGCUUUCCGCUCUGAUAAGCCUGCUAAAAUCUUUUAUUGCUCCUAGCUUUUCUCUCUCCCACCUUUUGCCAGAGGCCCUCCCUACACCUCUAUCUUCAGCUCCUCUCUCCUCUCCCCUCCAGUCCCCAUGGGUAGAGACACAACACUAACCACCAGGAUGUCUCGUCAUGAGGCUUGACCAACCUAGGCCACCAGUGGGGCUUAGGGCCCUGCUCAGACCUCUCAGUGCCCCCUGAC